CGGAUCCGAUUACUCGUAAAUGUAAAUGCCGCUUAAUAAUAGAUGUGAGUAUACCUUGCAUGGAGACGUCUCCCUGAUACCUUUAUCCUUUAUGGAGACUAAGCGACAUAACCUCAUUACUUAAAGCCUCCAUUUCUCUGUGGGUUAUGAUAAUUUAAUUCUACUGUAGAAGUUUUGGUGUGAUUAUGGCAGUCCAGGCUUUAUUUUUCAAAACUUGUAGCCUUUUAUCAAAUAGCCGAUCUUUCUUAAACAACAGGGUACUAAAUGUUAAUCUACUUCCAUCAGUAAGAAAUUUAAAACAGGAAACUCUUGAAAAGCUAAAACUGUUGAAAAUCCCAGAGAAACCGAAGAAACCUACCACCCCGUACGUAAAAUUUAUUGCAGAGCAUCGCAUUAAAGUUGUAAAAGAUAACCCAAAUCUAAAACAAACCGAUAUUAUUAGAAAAUGUGCAGAGGAUUGGAAAGAAGUUAGUCAAGAACUUAAGGAAAAAUAUAAUGCAGCAUAUAAAAAAGAAUGUGUAAUAUAUGAUGAAAAGAUAUUAACCUUUAAUGCUAAUCUUACUCCAGAACAAAGACAAGCACUACAAAUUGUGAAUGAUGAGAAAAAGUCAAGUAGGCAAAAAAGAAAAAUCAAAAAGAUUGAAAAAGAAACUAAUAAACCUAAACGUCCUAUGGGUGCCUAUGCGCUGUAUGUACAGGAACAAAGUAAAAUCAGAAAUAUCUCUAAUAAAGAUCUGAUACCAAGUUUAAAAGUUGAAUGGGAAAAGUUAUCAGAAGAAGAAAAGAAUAAAUACAGAAGCCAAUUUUUAAAUGAAAAAGAAAAAUAUGAAACAGGAAUGGCAGAAUGGGAAGAAAAAAUGAUAAAGGAAGGGAGAGAUGAUCUUAUUAGAGUCAAAUCUAGGAACAAACAAAAAAUAUCCAGAAUUAAUCAGUUGAAGAAAGACAGUACCCAAUAGGGACACGAGUGUCUUCACUCAAAUUCAUCCGCCAGUGCGGGUGAAGGCACAUUGUUUCAUAUUGAAACAAAAGGUUGGAAAACAAAUACUAUACUCUAUAGUAAAGCUAAGGAACCAGUAGCAUGUAAGGAUGAGAGGUCACCAUCACAGGAAGCUGCGACUUUAAGUUCUUUUGUUUCUAAUAAUCGGAUUGAUGUUAAUAUGGCGGAUAACAGAGGUGAUAGUUUAGAUCUACCAAGAGAAAAAUCAUUUAAUAAACCAGGAAAUGUAGACACUGCAAAUUGUGACCUCAAGAAUUUCAAGAUACUUGAUAAACUAAAUGAAAAUCCCUCACAAGACUUGACACAGAAAGAUGGGUCUGAAAAUCGCAAAAAAGAGAAAUUUAGUAUAGUGAAAAAGUUUCUAAACUUCUUAAAAUUUUAAUUUUA